AUGUUGCUCAUAAGGCCUGUAGGUUUUGUUUCUCGCAUCUCUCCAACCCCUACUGGAGAGCUGUUACGAUUGGUAGCUCCUCGAUUGCUACCUUACCCAGAAGAGUCCCCUGGAUUCACCUACAGCAGCCCAGACUCAGAUCGGUCAUCAGACGAAAAGGAAUACCCAGGAGAGAAGGGCUCCAUUGGAACCGAGUUGUGCGACUGGUAUGGCGUCAAAGACCCCGCAAACCCCAAGAAUUGGUCAUUAGCGAAGAAAUUGUGGGUGACAGCCAACAUUCUGGCCUGCGCCUUCGUGGUGUAUAUGUCAGGGCCAAUUUGGUCACCCAGCCAUGAGAUGUUUGCUGAGGAAUUUGGCGCCGGCUACGAAUACACCUCACUUGGCUUGGCACUUUAUACACUUGGCUAUGGGAUCGGACCACUACUGUUCUCCCCUCUCAGCGAGAUCCCUAGCAUCGGACGCAACCGACCUUACAUCGUCACCUUCAUCGCCUUUAUGCUGAUCACGAUUCCUACGGCACUGGUCCGCAAUGCACCGGCCUUCAUGUUCUUUCGGUUCUGGCAAGGCUUUUUUGGCAGCCCCAUCCUGGCCACAGGAGGUGCGAGCAUCGUUGAUAUCUUCGACGAGAUACACGCGCCAAUUGCGCUGAGCACUUGGGGAGCAGCGUGCUUCGUUGCACCGCCCGUCGGGACCAUCAUCUCUGCUGCGGCUGUCACGCAUCUAGGGUGGCGGUUCUCGAUCUGGGAGACACUCAUUGCUUCCGGUCCAGUUCUGGCCAUGAUGCUUCUGUUGCCCGAAACGAGUCCCGACACGAUCUUGUACUAUCGCGCAGAAAGACUUCGUAGAGUCACUGGCAACGACAACAUCCGAUCCAGAUCUGAAAUUUCUCAGCGUGGCAUCACGGUGAGGACGAUAGUGGUCGACUCGCUGCUUGUACCAUCAAGGAUUACGCUAAUGGACCCUGCUGUGCUCUUCAUCAACAUCUAUCUCUGUCUCAUCUAUGGCGUCUAUUAUUCCUUCUUCGAGUCAUUUCCGAUCGUCUACCAGGGUAUGUAUGAUUUCCCGCUUCUCGGACUAGGCCUUGCCUUCCUGCCGCUGGCAGUUGGUACUGUCUUCUCGGUUUCUGGAUAUUUGGCUUUUCUUAUCCUGGAUAGAGUAAGUGGUCUGAACCCAACCGUCAAAUGGCGUGAGACUAACCAGCAAUCCAGAAACCUCGUCUGGAAGCUGGGCAGGACGUACAACCUGAGCAUGUUUUGA